AUGGGUUUUGGCGACUUCUCCACGCUAUGCGACAAGGCGUCGAUACCGCUGUGCGCCCUCGUGGGCCACCAGGAAAUCAACGGUGGCGCCGGCAUACAGACAAAGUGCUAUGCGCGCACGAUCGAGAUUGCAAACACGCUCAUCUUCCAAGCCGCCAACGACUUCAUGCACAUCCUCGCCCUGAUCAUGACGGUCAUCAUGAUCAUACACGUCCGCUCCAAGUUUACGGCGGUUGGUCGAAAGGAAAUCACCUCCUUCUUCUACAUCUACUUCCUCCUGACUAUUGUCUCGCUCAUCCUCGACGCCGGCGUUGCCGCCCCUGGCUCGGCCGCCUACCCUUACUUCGCCGCGGCUCAAAACGGCCUUGUUUCUGCCCUUUGCACCAGCCUACUGAUCAACGGCUUCGUGGGCUUUCAGCUGUACGAGGACGGCACCACACUCUCCGUCUGGCUGCUGCGAUUGACCUCCCUCGCCAUGUUCAUCAUUGGUGGCGCCAUCUCCCUCCUUACCUUCAAGAACUGGGCCGGCCUGGACGCUAAGAACCCCAUUGGCAUCUUCGUCGUCACAUACAUUGUCAACGCCAUCUUCCUUUUCGUCUAUCUUGUCAGUCAGAUUAUCCUCGUGCUAGGCACGCUCGAGGACCGCUGGCCCAUGGGCGACAUUGUGUUUGGCGUCUUCUUCUUCAUCAUCGGACAAGUCAUCUUGUACGUCUUCGGCGACACCAUAUGUGACGGUGUGCAGCACUAUCUUGACGGCUUGUUCUUUGCUACCAUCUGCAAUCUGCUCGCAGUCAUGAUGGUCUACAAGUACUGGGACUCGAUCACUCGCGAAGACCUCGAGUUCUCCGUUGGUGUCAAGCAACACAACUGGGAAGUCAAGGAACUUCUGCAAGACGAGGACAAACGCGGAACCGUCUAUCAAGAGUCUGAAUACGCGUCGUCCAUGUACCAGCAACCGUACCCUCGACACUCGCAGUACUCCAACCUGGGUCAUUGA